AUGGACGCACACUAUGAAGCAAUCGACGAAUUCGGGGAUCUUCUGCUCAUUCUAAGACCCCGAACGGAACCAAUCGACUGGCUCGAUGAGGAUUAUGACCAAAAUCAGGACACUGCUGAAGACACCGAUGAAGACACCCUUGAAGGUGUUGAAGACGAUGAGCUCAUCGCCGAAAUGGAAGGAGAACUUGAGGACUUGAUAAGCGAGUACAAAAUUCCAGUCAGGGCCGCAGACAUAGACACGGCCGCAGACACAGACACGGAGCCUCAAAUGCUGCUAGAACAAGAUGCGAGAUCAACAGAUCAACUCACAGGAGAUGUCUUGAAUGGAGAUUUGUCCGGGAAUGAUUCCGACCUAGAGACAAAACACAGGCUCUUGGUCUCUUCGCACAUUCUACGUCUCGCAUCCCGAGUUUUUCGCAAAGACCUCGAUCCGAAUGGCCCUUGGAGGCAGCCCGAGAUCCAGCCUGACGGUUUGCGCCAUAAAAAGCUGGACGGCUUUGAUCCCGAAGCGUUAAAGCAUGUACUCAAUCUCAUACACUUUCACAACGACCGUGUGCCAGUCAAGCUCGAGACGAAGGAGCUCGCUGAAGUGGCUCUUAUAGUGGACUACUUCCAUUGCCACGAGGCUAUGCGACUUGCAGUCAAAAAUUGGAUCGGAGAGGAUCGGAUCAAAGAGGUAAUCAAUAAUGCGAAGCCCGGAAGAGAAUUAAAUCUGUGGCUUCUCAUUGCUUCCGUAUUCGAGAUCGACGCCAUCAUAAAUGCAGCUGCCAACAUUAUUAUUGAACAUAAUGAGGAACCAUUUGACAGCAUCGGGCUACCAAUCGCUGAAAAUAUCACUUCAAGAAUGGACAAUGCUCGAGAAACCGUCAUCCAGAGACUUUUGGGAAACAUUUACCAGUUCAAGGCUACCUUGUCGACCGACAAGGUUUAUACCCUCGGCCUGAGAAGCCUUUUCAUGGGUUUCCAUAGUCGAGACUUUGUUGCUGAUGACUGCUCAACAAUCCAUAAUGAGGGAAAGCCAUUCUGCACAAACUGCCCAAAAAGAGCUUUCUUUCCUGGCGCUGGAUCUCUAGUGGAUCUCUAG